CACCAUAGGAGAUUUAUGCAAGUAAAAACAAGAAACCCUAGUUGUUGAAGCAUGCAGCUUAGUUAUAUCUGGAUUCUGGACUAUAAGAAUGAUGAAAGGAAGUUGGGCUCAUUCAUUUCUUCACAAUCUAAAUGCAGAUUGACAAUGACCCAGAGGCCGAUCUGACUGGUAGAUUGCCGGUGGAUAUUCUUUCUUCUAUAAUAUCAUUAAACUCAUUGAGGGAGGCUGCCACUACUAGUAUCCUUUCAAAAAGAUGGAGAUACAUUUGGAGGACCUCUUCUAAUCUUGACCUAGAUGCCAAAAACAUGCUUGGACAUUUUUUAUACUUGGACCAUUUCAAAAGGCAGCCUACUCUGUGGAAACAGAAGCAAAAGGGAAGAUUUGUUAGAUGGGCCAAUCAUAUUCUAGAACUCUAUGUCGGCAAAAACGUAGAUUCCUUCAAGGUUGAGUAUCCGUUGGGUAGUGAUCAUGGUUGCGACGUUGAUCGAUGGAUUCAAUUUGCAAUUGAUAUGCAAGUUCAAAAGCUUGACAUCAACCUGUUAGACGAUCAUUUGUCAGACUUGUAUCAUGAGCUCUAUAAAUUUCCAUAUUGGCUAUUUGCUCUAGCAGGGAAACGGCCAAAGAUAAAACAUUUGUCUUUGAAUUUUUGCAGCCUGUUAAAUAGUCUCCUUCAUUUGAGCUCCUAUGCCUUCCAAAAUCUAAUUUAUUAAGUUUUAUUCUUUUUCACGUUAACAGGAUACCCUGGUUGCUUGAAAUACCAUGUUCCUA